GAGAAAAGAAGAAGAAAGGAGGAGAAGAGGAAGAAGCGAGAGGACGAAGACGAGGCCGCAGCGAGUGCGGAGGCUGACAGGAAAGAGAAGCAUUCCUCUGGCCAUUUCAAGGCAGUCAUGAAGGAGAACGAGUCGAAGCGGCAGCAUUGGGGGGAGAGUGUCAAGGGCCGGGUGUCCAGCGACUACAAGGGGCUCACGGACGCUGAGCUCGAGCGACGCUUUGGCGCCACCCAAUCAAGCUCGCAGGAGAAGCUGAUGACCGAGCAGGAGGUGUUGGCGAUGCUCCGCAAAGGGAAGGACAAGAAGACAAAGUGA